CUAACUCAUUCCGUUCUCUGUUUCGGUUCUAUAAUGACCCAUCCCAUUCUGUUGCUUGGACUUCUGAUAAUUAAAUACUUUAGUGGUUCCCAAGCUGAAAAUUCCUUCUCUCAGUACUGGGAAGAGCAUAUUAGUCUUCCACACCCUCCACACUGGUUAGCUGCAAAGGCUUCUCCUUUAAACCUCCAUCAAGCUACAACAUUUAUGAAACUUAUGGAAGAAAAUGAAUUGGCUUCCCACCUGUGUUUUUUUUGUAAGCAAGCUAAUGUUGCUUGUUCUACAAAUGCACUAGUGAAGAAAACAACAAACGAUAUAGCCCUGCCACCAAUAGCUCAGUGGAAUGCUGUCAAACUGAAAUAUGAUGACCUUCCAAAUGGAACACCCCUGUCAGUUGCUAGCCAAGGGGGGUUGCCAUAUUUUCGGGAGUCAAUGGUGGAAGAGAGAUGUUUCAUGCCUAUCCCUGAUCUUAGGGACCCAAUGUCUUAUAAAUCCUUCUUGCCGAGAUCUCUAGCAUCAAAAAUCCCAUUUUCCUUUGCCCGGAAUGAGGAAUUGAAGAAGAUUUUUGGUGUGGUGGAUGAAUCAAACAUGGAUGAGUAUAUUAAAGACACCCUCGAGAUAUGUGAGAAAAGUCCCAUUCGAGGUGAACAAUGCACCUGUGCAACUUCCGCUGAGGAUCUCAUUGAUUUCAUUGUUGAGAAAUUAGGGCAUCAUGUACGCAUAUGGAGUACUAAGAGCGUCGAAGGAUCUUAUGAAAAUGUCACAAUUGGAGCUGUGAAACUCGUAUAUGGAAACCUCUCCGAACCACCAGUCUUAUGCCAUAGUCUGCCAUUUCCAUUUCAAGUCUAUUAUUGUCAUGUUCUUCAAAAAGUAAAAGUAUAUGCAGUUGAUAUACAUGCUCAGAAGAAAGUGAAUCAUGUGAUCAUGGUAUGCCACUAUGACACAUCAACUUGGAAUCCAAACCAUCUUGCUUUUAAGCUGCUGGGUUUUGGCCCAGGCCUAAUUGAAGUCUGUCAUUGGAUAAACGAGAAUGGAGUGGUUUGGACAAAGACUCUAGGUUGAACAGCAUUUGUAGAUUUGAUUAUCUUCCA